AAAACAAAUAAGUUAUUAAUUUAAUUGUUGCGAUAAAUAAUGCAGGUGAGAACAUGGCAUGGUACACAUUCGAUUCUAUAUGGUCUAUUGGGUCAGGUCAGAGCCUUGAUUGUGGCAGAGGCGGACACAGCGGAGGGGGUGGGACUGUGAACGCGAGCAGCUGUUUUCGCCGUUAUAUGUCCUUAAUUAUAACGGCCCCAAAAGGAUAUUCAGUUCCAGUCGAAGAUGGAGACCGAAAGCAUGCCCGCAGCUCCCUUGCUGAGCAAAUCGAAUUCGGUUUUUUGCUGCUAUCUAUUUUGGAGUAGUCUGCUCAUACUUAAAAUGCUAUGCAUGUCUCUACUGACAGCCAGGCAGCGCAUUAAAACCAAAACGUUUGCUAAUCCGGAGGAUUUGCGGGUGGGCCGAUGCACGGAUGUGCGUUUCAACGAUCCCAAUGUGGAGCGAGUGCGUCGCGCUCAUCGCAACGAUUUGGAGAAUGUGCUGCCCUUUUUGCUAAUGACCCUCGCCUAUGUGGCCUGCGGCCCCCACCCAUUGACCGCCAAGCUGCUGAUACGCAUUGGAGCCAGCGCUCGACUGUUGCAUACGCUUUUCUAUGCUGUGCUGCCGCUGCCGCAGCCGACGCGAGCGAUCUGCUUCUUUAUCACGUUCAGCAUUGUGUGCUUCGAGGCGGUCUAUGUGCUCAUCUGUUCCAUCAAAUAUAUCUAAACGGAAGAGACGAAUGA